AUGGAAGAUCCGACGUUGACCUCGCUGCCUGUGGAACUCGUUCAUAAGAUCAUCUCUUUGCUGGACUGGAGAACAAUAUUGGUUUGCCGGGAGGUUUGCAGAUUAUUCCACUCAAUAGUACAAGGAGAUAGUGCUCAAUAUGAAAUUGAGCUUGCUGUAUCUGGGAUGGUGGACGGCCCUCCAAGCCAACUUACCACCUCAGAUCGGCUUGCACUUCUUAAGGAACGCAAUGAUGCAUGGGAGUCUCUGAGAUGGGUAGAAUCGCGGGAUAUUCCGAUGAUGCAGGGACACAUCUGGGAGUUAUACGGCGAUGUGUUCGCGCAAUCUAGCACGCCAGAUGUCCUUCACUUCCGUCAGCUGCCAUCAAAGUACAGGAAAAUCGAAGAAAAAACAUGGGAUGUGGCGCUGGACAUGAACGUUCGAGACUUCACAAUGGAUCCUGCGCAGGACCUUCUCGUGCUCAUCGAGGAGCCCACCCAGCUCCCUCAUAUCAACGCCACUACCCGUAGCAUUCGGAUCCAUAUACGUUCCCUCACCACAGGAGACAGGCACAGAUUAGCGCCUCAACCAGCCAUUCUCGUUCAUGACCUCAAUGUGCGGCACCCCCGAGCAACGUAUACAUUACGAGUGUGCGAUAAUCUCCUGGGUAUCUUAUUCACACUCCAGGAUGAAGAUGCAGACCCCGAACUUACCAUAUGGGACUGGUCAACGGGCAAAGUUAUUUUGACAUGCUUCAGUUCCGAGAUUGCGACAUUUGCAUUCCUCAGCAGUCGCUUUUUGCUAGUAGGCAGCAUCUUUGACUCCGAAGCUAUAAACAUACAGGCCCGCCUCUACGUGUUUGAUAUGACCAAGCCAUCUAGCGAAACGUUUGGCCUUUGGGCGGACUAUUCUUGCGUAUUUCUUUGGCCCGAAUUCAACUUCUGGACCAACCCGGUGGCUCUUUCAAUCCGCUCUGAUCCAUCGCCUACCUGGCAGCCUAAUCCAGAGGCUCGGUUACCCUUCUCAACGGCGCCUGGGGACAGGCUCCUCAUCAUUACAGUCUCCUUGGUGAACAAUGACCGUAUCGUCCCUUACGAUAUGUUCGUUUCAGCUGAUACUUUGCUAUCUCAUAUCGAAGCCCUUCCUACGGAGGUUCGCUCCCGUGAAAUCAAAUGGGAUGAGUGGGGCCCCGCAGGCACACGCUUGAUGCGGUCUUUGUCACAGCCUUCCCUCUGGGUGUGCUACGUAUUCGGGACCAAAUUCGUGUCUCUUACUGAGCCGACCCACACGUCUCCGCAGACUUUGGAGAUGUGGGAUUUCAACCAGCUCGCAAUGAAGCGAGAUGCCAAAGUUCAAGGUGGUAUCAGCCAUCAUGUACGUGAUACGACGGUAAUUGAUAAAGUCUUUGCGGACGAAAUCUACACGAGUCUACCCUACCGGGUUAUCAAGCGCACCCUACCUCCACAUUCUUCUCCGGAAUUAAGUUUUACUGCUGUCAUAUAUAGCGAAGACAGCCUCAUUUUAGUAGAUGUAAGCAUGCCACACCCUUACCGUAUCGAACGUUUCUCUAAUGGCGCACGUCCAUUUGCAGUCUAG